UAAUUGGAACACGAAUCUUUUUCACGAUAUAAACUUCUUGAUCCUACAAGUAUAAAUAAGUCUCCUGUAUCAAGCAUCCCACCUUUGAACUCCUCAUUUCCAAGCUCGCAAUAUCAAAAGCCCAACAUGUCCGAAACCGUGCCCGUGUCGCAACCAGGCAUCGGGGACCCUUUCCAACACCUCGCUUCCGAAAUACGAGAAAUGGUUAUAACAUAUCUUGGCUCUUAUGAAAAUCUCGACUGUCUAUGUUUAGCUUCACCUAUCAUCAGAAAGGAGCGACAGACAAGUACACUGCUGCUAACAUCAGAAUCAUUGGAACGCAAAUUCGGCGGUUCACGCAACGGCGCUUUCGUCGAGGCUCAUAUAUACUUGUUGCUUUCCAAAAACGGUCUGUCUGAUAAGGACUUCGAGCUCUGGCAGAGGAGGAAGCUUCCACAUCCGCUGUUUUCAACGCGACCAGACAUGGUGUUCCGAAUGAACGCUCUAUACCACCGCCUGAUGGACUGUUUCAACUUUGGUCCUGAAAUUGUCCCGUGGUUCAUUCAAAAAUUGCCUUACAGUGUGUUCGCUUGCUACGCUGCUCAGACGUUUGGAAACAAGGGGGAGAGGUUUCUGGCGUCACUAAAUGGUGCAACAGACGUCAAGAAAGGACAGAUCCUUUUCUUUUUGCUUUCGCUGAACAUGGCGGGAGAAACAUACAUAUGCGAGCAUGAGGCUUCCCGGAGGCAAUACUGUGAGCAAUUUUUGAAGUUGAAGGGUCAAGAAAUUGUCAUUUGCAAGUCGUCAUUCCCCAUCUUGAGUAAAGAAGGAAAAAAUGCGCAAAGCUUUAUGCAGGACCUUAUGUGCGACGUACACAGAGUGAUGGUGUUUGGAAGCAGAAUUCGACUUGUUCGGCAUUGAGUGAGGGACGAUGGAGGAAGAAACAGAGGAACAAGAAUCGGCUCGAUUCUACCUAGCUUCUUUUGAAGGUUAAUCUGCUCUCGCAACCCAUCUUGCUAGGCUCAACGCGCGAUAAUGGGUGCAGCCUAAGCAGAAACAACCAGAGAAUCACGCCGUACUCGAUAGUAUCGAGUCGAUACUGCCGAGCCGUAUCCAAACACCCCUUCUACCAAAGCAAUUUAGUACCCAAUCACACAAUCCAUCUUACAAAGGAGGGUGACAACGUUUGAACCGACGCAACACCAGUCGUUGGAUAAUUGGUUGAUGGUGGGCUACCCCGCGUUUC